UGUUUUGAUUGAUGCCGUCAUGGUGUUCCUGAGUUUCAACUCGGCAGUGACGGCUCCUGAUGAAGUGGCGGAAUUGCAUGGUGAUGAGGAUUCGCUCAUGGAUGAUUUACCGCUCAAAUGCUCUUGGGUUGUUUGGCAGCAGCGGGCUGCCCCCAAGAGCACCAGUGGGACAAGCUCUUCGCAUUAUGAGGAGUCCACAAAACAGAUUGCGUCCAUUUCUUCGGUGGAGGAGUUUUGGCAGACCUGGGAGCGCUUGCCGCAACCCAGCGACUUGCUGACGAGGCGUAUGGCUGAAAAGAACCUGGACGGCUCUGAGGAUUGCCACUAUGUGGAUGCCUUGAUGAUCUUCCGGGAAGGGGUGUUGCCUCAGUGGGAGGAUGCAGCAAACUCUGAAGGCGGACAUUUCCAGUUUCAUUUCAAGACCUCCACUGGGGCAGCACAGCUGGAUGAGUACUGGAACAACGUUGUGCUGGGAACUUUGGGCAACACGCUGGAACCGGACAUGAUCACCGGCCUGCGUUUGGUGGACAAGAUCACGGGCCCCAAAGGUGGAGUUCCCAGCACCCUUCGAAUCGAGGCAUCAUGGUGUGGUUUGGCAGUGCUGAAGAUCCGCAGGCGGACAGGGGCGGUUGCGGCUCUGCAGCGCAACAUCGAGUCGUGCCUGGCCACGCGGACCUUGGAGGGCCGGCUGGGGCAUGUGCCCAAGGUGGGAGGAUUGCAUCUUUUGGAUGGAGAAUCUCAGAAGGUCGAUCGGAGGCGUUUUUUGGGCGAAGGCAGAGCUGAAGAACCACAAGAUGACGCGGCACCAAUGGCUUUGCCAUUGGAUCGGGACACCUCAGAAAACACGCUGGAUCCGACCGAGGUCUUAGGAUUCGCCGCCCUGCUGGAAGUCUCAGGCAAUUCCGUGUACAUCUCCAAGCUGUGUAAGGGCAGGACUUGCAACGAUGCCACGUUCCCCAUUUUGGACUACGACCCUGCGCAGAAGAAGUGUGUGUGCCUGCGGCACCCCUGCUGGGAUGACAAUGGUGUCCAGCACAAGUGCCCGGGUGAUGUGCCGGAGGACAAGUACUUGAGCUUCUAUCAUGAUUCCCAGGGGAAGCUCAACUGUGGUUGCAGCAAGGAACCCAACUACAAGUCGGUGUACCUCAGCAAGGAUCUGUGCAAAGACUCGCACUGUACCCCAGAGCAUCCAAUCCUGGACUAUGACGAGGAGAAACAGACUUGCAUUUGCCGAACCCACCCCUGUUGGGAUGACAAUGGCCUUACGCACUCAUGUCCCGACGCCAAGUUUCCAAUCCUGCGCUUCCGAUAUGAUGAGGAGAACAAGAACGUUUGCGAGUGCAUCGCACCGAUGCAUCCGCCCAGAGACGAGCUUUAA